AUGAAUUCUCAAACCCAGGAACACGAGUCCAUGUUAAGAGAGUCCAUCAAGCACUUUCUAGCUUCAUACCACAAUGGCAGGCCCGACUACUCCUCUUUUGAGGCUAUUUUCUUUCGUAAGAUUCAGACGAUGCUCGACCCGCCUUUCGAGUUAACCUGGUUCUACUCCGCCAUCACUUUUCAUGCCGCGAGAUCGAGCUCGCAUAGCAGCAGCCCUUCUGCUAGAGUUCUGGUGGCCAAGGACCUGCUGAAUUUGCUGAUUUUUUGCUCUAACCUGAGCAGCGCGCCUAAGAGGAUUGCCCUUCUCGCUCCUGUGGUGUGCGAGUUGUACGGUAUCGUCUGUGACUGCAGGAAGCACAAGAUAUCUGCAGGAAUGGAGGUGGACAAAUUGGUGGAGGACAUUGUUGGAUAUGUUAUGAUGCCGGCCCAGGUGUAUGAUUAUGGGCACCGGGAUGUCAAGUGCGAUAGUGUGGUGGAUUGCUUUGAGGAUUUGGUUAGGGUUUGGACGAUUGAUAGAGGUGGGGGUAGCUUUAACUUUGUGGAAAAUCUGAGGGUCUUUUUCCCUCUGAUGACCGAUGGAAUUUGGAAUGAGUUGAACGGUCGGUGUGGGAUGCGAGAGUUGGUGGGGAUUGUUCUGUGUGAAGUGUUUUUCCUGAGACUUUACCUGUGUUUUGCUUCGGGUGUGUGCACGGCGGAUCUUCUGAACCACACACGAGACCAGACAGUGCAAACUAUCAUGGGGUUUCAAAAUACACACUUCUUGGAUUUGCUCCUUAAAAUGCUACUCGAGCCCAGCUUGCCCGUCGCAUCCUUAUUGAGUCCUGAGGAUGGAAUUAUUUUGUAUAAAGCAUUAUAUGAUGCUGUUUUGCUUAUUGAUUAUGCUUCUUACACCGGGAGAUGGGCCCAGUCAAGUGAUCGUCAGCCCAGAAAAUUGGCCCUUUUGUGGGUGUUGGUUGCUGACAGGGCCAUUCAGUUUGCGAGGGCCAAAAAUGAUGAACAUAGGGCCAUUUCUUAUCUUAAUGCUUUCUGUGAAUCACAAUUGAUGGCCGAGUUAAUUAGUUGGGCUGGUAGUCAAGCUGAGGCUAAUGACCAGAACAAUAGGGCUGUCCUUACCUCACCAGAUGCCCUUAUUAAGUGGCUUUAUAUUCUUGAAGAGCAAGCCGUUAAAGUGUUGGAUCACAGCAUAUCUAUACUAUACGCAGAAGCUAUGUCGGGAAGAAAGAGGGAUGUUGAAAUGGGGGAGGUGCGUUUUUUGAAUGAAUCGGGCAGAAAAAGGAAAGAGCCGCAGAGUGGCUCCCAAGAAAUGCGGGCCAGUCAGGUGAGGAGAUGUGUGUCGGACAAUGGGGUUCAUAUUGUAGAUGAUGAUGAUGAUGAUGAUGAUGAUAUGGAAUCAUAG